GCCUUGUAUUUUUGACUUUAGGCUGUGUUUGUUUGGCAUGAAAAUAUUUUCGAUUGAAAUAGCAUCCGUAGCUCGGUGUUCGGUUAAUUAAAGAUGCUGCGACAAAAUAUUUUUCACAAAAAUAUAUAUUACGUUGAAAGAAAAUAUGGAUAAAGAAAUAUUAUGAGCCGCCAAAAAUAUUUGGAGAUAGCAGACUGCUCCGAGUGUACGAAACAUCAUUUAUCUGAAAGGGCAAAUGAGGUUCUUAGAGGCCGUCCUCGUGCUCUCUAAUGGCUUUGCAGAUUUGCUUCCUCUCUCUCACCGCAAUCUCUUCAAUCAUAGUUAUGGUUCAACAUCCUCUUCUCCCAGAAACCUCUUCCCGAUGUCAUUGCCCAAAGAUUCCUUUUUAUCGACUCGACAACCGAACCCAAAGAGCAGUUACAAUGAUCCCGACAAAGAUGCAUUCGUAUCACAAUGUUUGAGCAAGAGGAAGCUCAACCUCGCAAUUCUUGCAGUCUUUUCAUAUGGGUUUUUGCCAAACAUAUCAGAGUCCAUUUUUGCUGAAGAAUUAGAGCUCCAAAGGUACAUAGACGCCAAGGAGGGUUUCACUCUCCUCAGACCCUCUUCUUGGAUCCAGGUCGAUAAAGCGGGGGCAGCUGUUCUGUUUGAGGAGGCAAAUAAGGGAAGUAACAAUGUUGGAGUUAUAGUAAACCCUGUUCGUCUUACAAGUCUGGGAGAGUUUGGGAGUCCCCAAUUUGUAGUUGAUAAGCUCAUACAAGCUGAAAGGCGCAAGGAAAGUACAAAUGGUGCUGAGGUAAUUUCAGCCACAGAGAGAUCUAGCCAGGGAGGCUUACAAGUGUACGAGUUUGAGUAUAAGGUGGACAGCACAAGGGGAGGGAUUAAAAGGAUCUUUUCAGCUGCAUUUGUGGCCUCAAAGAAGCUCUACCUUCUAAAUAUUGCUCACUCAGACAAACCAGAGAGUCCUCUUGACGUCCACACAAGAAAGAUGUUGGAGCAAGUUCUUCAUUCAUUUGAUGCAGUAUCUUUAACAUGACAUCGCAGCAGCUUCUUGUGUCAAGGUGACUUCAUUUUUUAUGCCUUUGCUUGAGUCUGCAAAAGCCAAGAUGCCAAUGCUCCAGAAUGGAAUUGAUCUUUGCUGAUGGGAUCUAAACAGUGGAGAAUCAUCCUCUGAGGCAUUGAACAAGAACAGACAGAUCUUUUAAGGCUUUAACAAUCCCUUCAAGAGGUGGUGAACAGUAUGACAGGUGUUUCUGAAUUUGCUGAGAGUUUGAUUUUGUUCAUUUUUAUUUGGGUAAACAGUCUUGAGCAGUAAAAUAAUACUGUUUGCUUUUUUAUUUUUUAUUUUUCCUAAUCUUAAUUAUUUGACUAAAACUUCUUCAAUAAAUGCCUUUUUCUAUUUUAAACAUUGUCAUGAUACUCUAGUUUGUAUGCCAUAUUCUCUUUCAGCUGGUGUACAGUGAUACCUUUUCUUUUUUAUUCGUGCUGUGUUGUUUUGUUUCUCGUGAUGACAUCCACAUUUACAGCUACUAGUGUUACUUUAUAUAUUGUAGAAUACUACUACUGAAUAAGUAAAUAAAAAAGCAAUCUACACUAUUAUCUUUAAAAAUUCAAAAUCUCUUUCUUUCAUCAAAACAAAAGAAAAAAGGAAAACCAAAGUCAAAAGAUCUUCAGGUAUGUGAAAUUUUGUUGCUAUUACUAUUGAACACUUGCACAAGGAAAAUAUAAGUAACCAGCAAUAGAUGGUGCAAGUUGUUGGCUAACUGACCAUUCUCUUGCAUAUUUUGAUUUACAAAAUAAUCUUCCCAACAGAAGUUAUAUUAUCAGAUUACAUCUUCCUACUAACAGAUCACAUUUUCUCAAACACAUCGGCAGUUAUAUGCUGGUCCUAGAAUUCUUCAAUCUGAUUAUAAUGUUUUGGUUUGUUGAUCAUGCUUAGCAGUUUCUAAUUGUUAAAAGGGGCAUCCCCCAAAGUGAUUGUUGUUUGAUGUGCAACAUGGGCGUGAAAUAUUUUAUUUGUGUCAUGUUUAAACACCUCUUUGUAAACAAUGCAUCUCUGGCUUAGUCCUCACACCCUUGUGGGUUAACGGAUCUAAUAAGAUUCGCAGAGAUAUAUCCGACCUCAGCGACAUCCUACAGGGCUUCUUGCUUUUGUUUAUUCUCUCUUUUCCGUUGGUAACAUUUGGACUAUUACUUUUUAUAUCAAUUUCUUAUAGGACUAGUGCCUUGAUGAGUAAUGAAUCAUGAAAUAUAUGCAUAAAUAAAGUAGAUGCGGAAAUAUCAAGAUCAUUCACGUAGCAUCUUGUUAAUCUAAGAUUCAAAAUCGCUAGCUACAUCUAAACUACUUGAACUUUACCCUGUAGUGACCCUCUCCAAAACAUAUAG